AUGGACAUCGAAGCCGGAGCGUCAAUCAAGCCCAAGGCUGUCCUAGCCCAUGGCGACAACUUGUACUGGAACGGAAUCAACUAUCUCAGCGAACGGGAUGGACGUUUUGCUGCGUCGUUUGAAGACAAAUACGACGGAAACAACAUCAAGAAUGUCCCCUGGGUGGCACUCGUUCCCUGCAACAGUACGGAGGAGCUGUUCCACGGCCUCGAUAACAAACUCAAGUGGGAGGCAGAAUACAAGAGUCCUAACGAUAACCGUUGGCGUAUGGCAAACGAACACUUCUAUGUCUAUCGCAUUGAGGACCCAGCCUCAGGAGUGAGUAUCGACAUUUUCAAUGUCGACACGAACGACGCCGAUGUUCACGCUGCCGGUUUCGUAUGCUGUCAGUGUCACGGCUACGCGAAAACCGACAAUGCCGGCUGCAAUACUAUCAAGCGUGAGGAUAAGUACUGCUUUGGUGGUAAUACGGCCAUGUUUGACACCUGUAUGGCCAAGUUUGCUGAAUGGGGUGCCGAUUCCCGUGCUCGGUUGGCUCAGGAGGUAAAGCAGUCGACAGCAACUUGGAAGAUUAUAAACACUCACUUCAGCCCCUACGAUCACUACUACGAGGCUGGAAUGAACAAGUGGUUUGAUGCUCUGAGAAACUCCGGCGCCCGGGUCUUCCUGCAUGGCCACACUCACGGUGAAAAGCACGACUACGCGGAGUCUCUUGGUGUUCAUUUCGUCGAAAAUGGCGCUGGUGGUGGCAGACCGAAGGAAUAUGCGAGUACCAUUCAAGACUAUGCUGCCAAGUACGUGAAGAACGAGUGGGCGUACAAUCCAAUCGAGUACGGAUUCUUUUUGUUGCAAGCGUCGAAAGACUGGCUGAAGCUGCAGUACCACACGACGGACGACAAGUGGAAUUUCACGGAGAAAUGGGAGGAUAUGACAAUUGGUGGCGUGGCGACCAAGCAUUGCUGGUACAUUCCGGCUGAUGGAUCGGAGGGUAGAGCCUGCUAA